CGGGUGAGGCGUGAACCCCGCAGCAGUGCAUGCUGGGACCGCCUCUUUAGGGAAAGCGCGGGAGCCGUAAAAGUACGGGUCCCGAGAGGUUGAUCGCGCUCUGCGCUCAAAACCGUGGUGGUAUCUCAGAUAAUACAGCAUGCUUGUAUGCUGUACAGACUAGAGAAAAGUAAGAGGGAAAAGACUAAACAUGAAGCCAUUUCUGACCAUCUGCAGGCAGCUAAGAAGUUUAAACGGAUUUUCUGUGAAACCAAGCCCUCUUGUGAGUUUCUCCACUUCCCCUUAUUUGUGUGGUCAGAAGAAAAAAAACUCUUACGAAGCAGUAGACCAAGCAAAGUACUCUCGUUUAGUACGGUCUGUGUUGUCCAGAGGCCCAGUCCAGACCCCAGAGUCAUUGUUCCAGGAAGAUGAUAUACUCUACGGUCCUGUGAGCAAGCAUAAGGCCCCAGAGCAAGAGCAGCUGGCAAGAGUUCCACAGAACUGGUUUCCUAUCUUCAAUGAGGAGAGAAACGUGAAGCCACAUACAAGUGCUUCUGCGGGCCCUUUGAAGAUCCCUCUGCAGAGAAAUGUGACACCCAGUGUGACUCGAAUCCUUCAACAGACCAUGACACCAGAACAGAGUUUCUUUUUGGAGAGGUGGAAACAACGGAUGGUUCUGGAGCUGGGAGAAGAUGGAUUUGCAGAAUAUACUAAAAAUAUCUUCUUACAAGGCAGACAAUUUCAUGAAGCCUUGGAAAGCAUACUCUCACCCCAGGAUAACUUAAAAGGGACAGAAGAGCACCUGCAAUGUGGCUAUAUCAAAAGUGUCCAGCAUAUUUUGAAAGAAAUCAAUGGUGUGCAAGCUCUGGAAAGUGCUGUCCAGCACGAGGCCUUGAAGUACAUAGGGCUGCUGGACUGUGUGGCUGAGUUCCAAGGCAAGCUGUGUGUGAUUGAUUGGAAGACAUCAGAAAAACCAAAGCCUUUUAUUCAAGAUACAUAUGACAACCCACUACAAGUUGUGGCGUACAUGGGUGCUGUAAACUAUGAUGCCCACUACAGUUUUCAGGUUCAGUGUGGCUUAAUUGUGGUGGCCUAUAAGGAUGGGUCCCCUGCCCACCCUCAUUUCAUGGAUGAAGAGCUCUGUUCCAAGUACUGGGCCAAGUGGCUUCUUCGACUAGAAGAAUAUACAGAAAAACAAAAAAAUCAGAGUAUUCCAAAGCCGGACUAGAGGCCAGAGUAUUACUUGGGAAGGUUCAGCGAAUUCGAGAAUUAUGUUAACACAAACUGAAGAUGUAAUAUAUUGCUACUGAGAAGCCAAGAAGUCCAGAAGUCAGCAUUUGACCAACUGUACUAUCUUUAUUUCCUACCUGAGAACAGGGCACACAGGAUUGGCAGUCACCUUGAUGAAUUUUGAACUCUCUUGCACGUCUUUUUUGUGUUCCUGGCAAGUUGCCUUGUCUUUGAAUUGAGAUCAGAAGGCGGUGAAGCUUCAUGUACCAGGCAGAUCCCCAAAGUUCUCAGGGAAGGGAGGGGUCAUGUACUGCCCGAGUGUAUAGAAAGAGCACAUCAGCCAUCACCACUGUAAUAGAUUCCUAAAAGGUGCUUUAUACAGUAGGACUCAUAUCAUUAGGGGGAAACUUCUUAACAUUGAAUUCAUUCAUAUGUGAGUAUUUGGCUCAGCAAACCUGGCUGCCCACAAAGCUGUAACAUUGACCAGAUCCUUUUCCAUACCAACUAAGCCCAGCAGUAGUAACCAUUGUCAGGGUUUUAAUAUCAGUUUUUGGUGUCAUUCAGCAGGCGUUGUACUAGAAAAAAAUACUGUCACAGGAUUUUUCGGCUAAGAGCAAUACUGGUGUAAUAUAUUCCCCCCUGUGUUUGAUAGGUAAUCAUUGGUUGCCUUGGAUUUGGGGAGGUUAAAUAAAUGCCAUUAUUUCCCU